CCACCCCAGCAGACCCGCUUCGUGGAUCCAGGAGAGCCCACCUCCCAAGCCACCCAUCUUUGACGCUUCCCCCGGCUGCCAGCGCUCUUCCUCUUGGGAUGGCCGUCCCCGCCAUCCCUCGCCGUGUCGUCACCCGUACUGUCCCUUUCCCUGCCCCGAAUUUCCCCUCCCUUUCCCUGAAUUCCCCCACCCCCGAUAACCGUGAAGAGCUUUCCAUCCCCUCCCCUCCGCCCCCACUCGGCACCACUUCCUCCGAUCGUCCCCUCCCGGCUGACUCACGCCCAACCUUCCUCCACCCUUUUUCUGCCCUCUUUUCUGGUGGGAUUUUCCAAACCGUCUUUUCUUUUGAUUCACCAGCUGCAGCCAGAAUCCCUGACCUCCGGGAAAGGGGCGGGAAGGUGGGAAGCUCCCUACGGUUCCUGGAAUCCAGCUCCCAGCGGUCAGUGGGACCAGUGCUCCAUUCGUUCCCUGGAAUCCAGCUCCCGACACCACUGGGACCAGUGCCUGAUUUGACCCUGGAAUCCAACCUGCCAGCAGUCUCUUGGACCUAUGGAGUCUCUCCUCGCCCUAAGCGUCGACCGUAGCUGUAGUCACUCACGUUAGCGUUGGAAUCCAAGGGUCUGGGAGGCGAGGGGAGCUGGGGCCGCUUAGCCCAUCGGCCUCUGGGACCACAGCGGGUCUCAGGCUUGGAACUGAGGCAAGUUUAGGGGAUCGUCAUCGUCAUCAUCGUCGGCAUUAAGGUGCUCUUACUAUGAAGAGGGUGCUGUACGUGGCAGCCGUCCUCCUGAUCCGCGGGGCGACGGAGGCCGGAGACCAGCUCGGGGACGACCCCUUCGCGAAGUGUUUCCGGGACCCGGACUACAUGGAGCUGCUGGACACGCUGACGCACGGGUUGAAGAACACGACCCGGCCCCAGCGCGUGGUCGUCGUCGGGGCCGGCGUGGCCGGGCUGGUGGCCGCCAAGGUCCUGGGGGACGCCGGGCACCGGGUGACCCUCCUGGAGGCCGAGAAGAGAGUCGGGGGCCGGAUCCUCACCUAUCGGAAUGAGACCUCGGGGGCCCUGGUUGAGCUGGGAGCCAUGAGAAUGCCCACUAACCACUGGCUCGUCCGCACCCUCUGCUCCAGCCUUGGCCUCUCCCUCGUCCCCUUCAGACAGGUCGACCCCCACACGUGGUACGCGGUCAACGGGGUGAAGCUUCGGACGUACGAAGUGGAGAGGAACCCCGACCUGCUGGGUUACAGGCUGCGGCCGCGGGAGCGGAAGAAACUCCCCGAGGACCUGUACCGGCUGGGACUGGAGCCAGCCGUCCAAGAGCUCAAACGCUUAGGCUGCUCCGGGGUCUUGAAGAAAUACAACGCUUACACCCUUGAGGGCUACCUCCUCGGGGAGGGGAACCUCAGCCGAGAGGCCGUGCGGCUCCUGGGCGACGUCCUCGGCCUCGAUGGCUUCCUGGCCCUGAGCUUCACCGAAGCCCUGAGGGCCCACGAGGCCCUGAACGACCAGCACAGGUACCUGCGUGUAGCGGGGGGCUGGGACCUCCUCCCGGGCUCCCUCCUCCACUCCCUGUCGGGCCCCGUCCACCUGGGCGCCUCGGCCCUGAGCGUCCUCCAGGCCCGCUCCGGCUCCGGCCCCGGCUCCGCCCCCGCCUCCGUCUCCUUCCUGGACCACGCUUCCCGGGAGCGGUCCCUCCCGGCGGACCGCGUCCUGGUGGCCACCUCGGCCCCGGCCGCCCUGCGCCUGGCCUUCGACCCUCCGCUGAGCCCCGCCCGGCGCCACGCCCUCCGCCGCCUCCACUACGUGGGCGCCACCAAGGUGGCCCUGGGCUUCCGCCGGCGCUUCUGGGAAGCGGAGGGGAUCGCCGGCGGCAAGUCCGUGACCGACGGCCUGUCCCGGGCCGUGUACUACCCAUCGGACAGGGUCCGGGGCCCCGGCGGGCUCCUGCUGGCCGGCUACGCCUGGUCGUCGGCGGCGGAGGCCUUCGCCGGGCUGCCGGCCCCCGAGGUGUUCCGGCUGGCGCUGGCGGAGCUGGAGGGGCUGCACGGCGCCCAGGCGCGGGAGCUGUGGGACGGGACCGGGGUCGUGCAACGCUGGGCCCAGGAUCCCCGCAGCCAAGGCGGCUUCGUCGUGAUGGAGCCCAGCGGGGCCGCGGCCCCGGGCGACGAGGACGGGGCCUCGGAGGCCUGGAUCGAGCCCGAGGGACGGGUCUACUUCGCCGGGGAGCACGCGGCCUUCCCUCACGGCUGGGUGGAAGCGGCCGUCAAGGCCGGGCUCCGGGCCGCCCGGGCCAUUCACCGGGACGCCUGACUGGGGCGUUCGUCGAGCGCUUACUGAGCGCCGGAGCGGAUGCAAGAAUGGUCGGGUUGGACACGGUCCCCGUCCCACGCGGGGC